AUGCACUCGAUCGAAGCGGUGGUGCGUGUGGAACCCUUAGCUAACAUGGGUCAGGUGACCGCUCUGCUCAUCUCUAUUGGCUGGACCCUGCCUGUGGUGCCUGAACUCGAUGACCUAGGUGGGCUGGUAAUGGGCACAGGCAUUGAGUCUUCAUCUCAUAUCUAUGGCUUGUUUCAGCACAUUUGUGUGGCUUUUGAGCUGGUGUUGGCUGAUGGUAGUCUGGUCCGCUGCACUGAGAAAGAAAACUCUGACCUGUUCUAUGCCGUUCCCUGGUCCUGCGGUACUCUGGGGUUCCUGGUAGCAGCAGAGAUCCGGAUAAUCCCAACUCGAAAAUGGGUGAAGCUUUUCUACGAGCCUGUGUGUGGCCUGGAUGCUAUCUGCAAGAAGUUCGCUGAGGAAUCAGCCAAUAAGGAGAACCAGUUUGUGGAAGGACUGCAGUACUCUCGGGACGAGGCUGUGAUUAUGACAGGCACCAUGACAGAUCACGCAGAGUCUGACAAGACUAACUGUAUAGGCUACUAUUACAAGCCAUGGUUCUUUCGGCAUGUGGAGGGUUUCCUGAAGCAGAACCGAGUUGCAGUGGAGUACAUUCCUCUCCGGCACUAUUACCACAGACAUACCCGCAGCAUCUUCUGGGAAUUACAAGACAUCAUUCCGUUUGGGAAUAACCCGUUGUUCAGGUGUGUGUUUGGCUGGAUGGUUCCUCCUAAGAUCUCCCUUCUGAAGCUCACUCAGGGAGAGACCAACCGCAGACAGUACGAGCAGCACCACGUGGUGCAGGACAUGCUGGUCCCCAUGAAACACAUCAAGACCUCCAUCCUGCGCUUCCAUGAGGACUUACAUGGUUGA